UGCAAAAAAGUAAGUUGUGGAACAGUCACAACAGUUGAAUUUUUUUUUUCGUUCGGGCUCUUCUCGAAAAGGCCCCGCUCUAUUGUUGCUCAAGGUCUCGUCUCCUAUAUAUAUUAUUAUGAGUGUUCAAGGCUUUUUCGGUCUCGCGAUCCACCCCAAUAAGACUUAUAAGCGCAAUGUUUCCUCUGGUUUCAGAAUUCGCAUGGCGGCUUUCGACAGCACGGUCAAGGGAAAGGGUCGGUGCAGUGUACGAGUCAAGGUCGACGAAAAAGACUUUGUGUUGUGUACUUUGAUCCCUGGCAAGAUUGAGCAGCAACUCUUGAACAUCGGAUUUGUAGAAGGCGAAGAAAUUAUCUUUACAGUCACUGGACAAAAUACCGUCCAUUUGACCGGCAACUACGAGCUGGACUUUGACGCCGAAAGUGUCUCCGAAGAUGAAGAUGACAAAACAUUGAUGAAUGUGCCUGAAGGCAUCGAUCCUCAAAAAAUUGCUGCUUAUCUGAAUGGCGAUAUUGAUUCUGAUGAUAUGGUCUCGGAUGAAGAGGACGCUGAAGCGCCCGAACUGGUUGCGGCUGAAGAGGAAAAGAAAGAGAAGAAAGAGGUAGCGAAUCAGAAAAAGCGAACCGCCGAAACUGAAGAGGAGGCAACAGAAGCACCAAAGAAGCAGAAAACGGAGGGCGCGAAGAAGCAAAACGAGAAAAAGGCAAAGGUUGUCACAACCAAGUUACAAAAUGGUUUGGUAUUGCAAGAUGUCGAGGCGGGAGAGGGUCGUUCGGCCAAGAAGGGUAACCGCAUUGGGAUCCGAUUUAUUGGCAAAUUGCAGAAUGGCAAAAUCUUUGAUAAAAACGUGGAAGGAAAACCGUUUGAGUUUGUUUUGGGUCGCAGCGAAGUGAUCCGCGGAUUAGACGAAGGAAUUAUGGGCAUGAAACUCGGUGGCAAACGUAAAUUGACCAUUCCUCCCGCGCUUGGCUACGGUAAGCGUGGCUCGGCUCGUAUUCCCAAAAACGCCACCCUUAUUUUCGAGGUAAGUUUAAAAAUUGCAUUGAUGAGGAAAUCACACCACUGAUAUAUAUGUGUAUUUGAUGUAGGUUAAACUCGUCUCGCUGAAAUAAACAAAUGGGUGUCAUUACAUGUGUAAACAAAUAAAUAGAAUCAUAA